GAUGUAAGAGCGUCGGUCUAGUGACGCGUCGAGUCCUGCGUCUCGUCACGUUCACUACGUAUUGAUAUACUUGAUAUUCUCAUCUUUGGAGUGCUACGUUGAGAAUUGCCCAGUGGUUUGCAAUCUAUCAUGAAGAAGUAAAUGGCGCGUUGGUACUUCGAACGGGAACACCUGGAUGCUGCUUUCUACGCUGCCAAUCGCCCGCAUUAAAAAACAAAAUCUUCAAGUCAGUGCUGACAACAUUUUAUGCCUUUACUUUAUGCUCUCUUGUCGAUAGAAGAGAUUUGUUUGCUGUUAACUUUCCUCGUACUAUGAUAUUUUUAGGUUAUCAGACUCCAGCGGUUAUUUCUCGGUUGGCCUUAUGAAACGACUCCUAGUCUCGUGUUACAUAUAUGAUUGCCUUUAUCUUUAUUUUACAAUGUUAUUUCAUUGCCAAUUGAACAAUAUCGCACAUCAUGCUUAAUGGCAAUUGCUGAUUAGGAUUUUACAUUUAGUACAGUAGCUAUGGGAACUAUUGCAAAGUGUCUUUGACAUAAAAUAGAACAUUAUGUAAGGGUUUAUCGCAACAUAGGCUCGCCUGGUAUGCGAUAACAAAUAUUUAUGCUAUUAUGGCUUUUACAUUGAGUGAGCUAUGGUACUUGACCGCACAGAAGUUGUAAUGGAAUAUGUUUGGUUUUGAUAUUGUAUGCGUACAUCUUUCUGCUAUUUUCUUGGUAUCAUUAUGAAUUAUUUGAUUUCGGAGUAAAUGACUCCUGCAAAAAUGACGGCGGAUUCUGAAAAAGAUAAUAUUCACUGCUUGAUAUGCAAUAGUAAAGUUGGAGUGUCUACUAGAAAUAGUGUACGCAUUUUCAGCGAGAGCUCGGUUACUCAGUCUGACAAACCGCUUAUUGAUACAAUAUGUACGGUACUUGAUUUAGAGUUAAACGAAGAGAAUGUGCACUCUCUCGUUGUAUGUAAGAAGUGCUUUAAGCUAUUUAACGAGAUCGAUGAAUUAGAAACUAGAUUGGCAGAAAUCAAAUUAGAAAUUUACACGAACUAUAAAAGAACAAUAAAAAAAAUUGUCCUUCAAGAUGACGAGGAUUACAAUGAUCAUGAUUAUAUAGAUAAUUCAGAAAGCGUGCCAUCAGAAUCUUCAAUGACCAAAUAUAAUCAGAAACCUAGGAAGAAAGUAAUAGGUAUUACAACCUCAUUUGAUUCAGAAAAUGCUGAUGAGGAGGAACAGAAUCAGGAUGAUAACGAAACUGAAAAUGAAACAGAGAACAAAGGAUUCACUGAUGAUUCAGACCAAAUUCUUAUUAAGGUUGAAUCAAUCUUAGAUUCAAAAGAUUCUGAUGGAAAGAUUAAGCGUGGAAAAGUAACCGUGAAAAUGGAGAGUUCGCAGGAACAAGUUGUAGCUAGGGAUGGGGCUGUAUAUACAUGCUUGCUAUGUCCUGAGGAUGAAGAGAGAGGAAUGGGUGAUGCAAAAACGAUUAUAAUGCACUUAAAAUCUGAACAUGAGGUUCGGCUGUAUAUUUGUGAUAUAUGUGGCAUGGAUUUUAGAAAAAGGACCGAACUAUCUGUCCACCUUGAUGAUCAUGUUGCGAAAGAGGAAGGCGAUUUUCAAUGUGAAAUUUGUAACAGAAUAUUUAGUAAUUUAAGAUUAUUUAGAAUUCACAAGCGAAUACAUUAUCCACAAUCAAAAUCAUGGCCGUGUGAAACUUGUGGUAAAAGAUACAGUUCUAGGAAUUUAUUAGAGGAGCACAUCAAUACCCACACUGGUGUUCGGCCCUAUGCUUGUGAAACUUGUGGAAAAGAUUUUGCUUCAAAAUAUACAUUUAAAGCACAUAUGAAAACGCACGAAGUUCGACCACGUCCUUUUGAAUGUUCGCAGUGUAAUAAAACGUUCCUCAGUCAGCAGAAUCUUAAUCAGCAUGAAAAAACUCAUAAUGGUGUCAAAGAGUAUGUGUGCCAUCAGUGUGGAAAGGCAUUUGGUUCUCCACACAAUUUGGAAGUCCAUAAUAUUGUACACAGUGGGUACAAACCAUUUAUAUGUCGUGUCUGUGGUAAAGCUUUCGCACGAAAAGCGGAAAUAAGAGAUCACGAAAGAACACAUACGGGAGAAAAGCCGUAUCAGUGUGAAUUUUGCGGGGCUACUUUUAGUCAGAGAUCAAACCUGCAGUCUCAUAAGCGGGCCACGCAUUACAAUGAUAAAAGAUAUAAAUGUGAUGAUUGCGGAAAAGGAUUUAAGAGGCGAAGACUUUUGGAUUAUCACAUAAAAGCUGCUCAUACAGGCGAGAGGCCAUUUAAGUGCGAAACAUGCACAGCCACGUUCGUUUAUCCCGAACACUUCAAGAAACACAUGCGCAUUCAUACCGGUGAAAAACCGUAUCUUUGCGAGGUUUGUGGAAAAGCGUUUAAUAGUCGUGACAAUAGAAACGCUCAUCGAUUUAUUCAUAGUGAUAAAAAACCGUAUGAAUGUUUGGUUUGCGGUAUGGGAUUCAUGAGGAAGCCACUGUUAUAUGCGCACAUGCAAACGCAGGGGCAUUUAAAUGAUACAAUAGUCGUAAAUCAGCCUCGAUUAACAACGGAGGAGGACCAAGUUAUAAGCAUUCCAGAUAACAAUGUAGAACUGUUGAUGGAGGGAGCAGAGAAUGAACAACUGGAAGAGACAGAAUUAUAUAUAGCUGAAUUAAAAGAUCAUGUGAUCGUUCAACAAGAUGAUCAAAUAUAUCAGGAAGAAGGAGUAUUAGAUAUGCCUACCGAAGAGACUAUAACAGACGAGGUAGUGGAACAUUUAGUUGUGGAUGGCCAGAUCAAUUUUACUGGCACCGAAGUCAUGGAAUGCAAACCCGAUGAUUCAGAGCACGUUGAAGAAGUAUACAGUUACAAUGACAGCGAAGAAAGCGAGACAGUAGUUGUACCGGCUACAUCGGACUACAAGGAAAUAGUUGGAGAUUCGCAAAAGGCAGUACGAUUAGUUCAAAUCAGAAUACCUUCUUCCUCUACAGGUGAAGGUAGAAGCUGGUUGAAUUUAGUACAAAACACGUGAAUCUGUACAUAACGUAAAACUGCUUAACACCUCUCGCUAUCAAUUUGUUGGUUGUAUGCAUAAGUUCAACGUGCAUCCUUUCAUGUAAUAUUGUUAAGGGUCCUUGAUAGUAAAACCGGUGAGCUGAGUCGAUCGUCGCGCCUCUUUACCGAAUUAAAGGAAUUUUUUAAUCAGAUCAUUUACUUUAUCGAUUCUGUUGAUCGCUGAAUUACCAUAUUGCCACACGGUAUGGCAAUAUCGCCAUCGCCAAUAAUGGCCGUACGGCUAUGAUUGGCUACAUUAUUCACUACGAAGUGUAAUCAACAAACGUGUAUGGUCGUUAUUUCCAUGUUGUCGCUUGACUCCUUUAUCGGUACCAUAGUUUAUCGAUCUAUUGAAUAGACAUUAAUGCAUUCGAUUAAUAAACGUAAUUUGUAAUGAAAUAUGAAUUCUGCGCUGUACCGAUUAUGUUGAGACGAUAACAGAUGUUUUUAAGUAAAUAUAUCAUAUACUAUAAUAA